CGGGUUAAGAAAAGAUGUAUUACUAUUUGCAUGUUCUGUUUGGAUUACAUUCUGCCUGAUUGUAUGGCGAAUGAAUUGUUUCCAAAUGAGAAAAUUUUAUCCCCCUGCCCCUAAAGAAGUUCCACAAAAAAAUUAUUCGUUAGCAAUAUCAGUGUCUGACAUGGGAAUCAGUGAUGAGGAGUGGGAAAGACUACAGAAGGCUCUCGACUGGCCUGGUCCAGAUCAACAAAUUACUCAGCUGGAUCUGAGCACAAGUCCAGUCCACUCAACAUUCUCUGUUGUGGAACUGAAAAAGAGUUACAAAGUGGGAGAUAACAUCUCCGUCAUUAUCACAGCCAGAGACCACAACAAGAACCUGAAAAGAUAUGGAGGAGAUUUUUUCAAAGCAAAGCUUUUUAAUUCAGAGCUAAAGGCAAGUGUGUACGGGGAGGUUGUGGAUCAUCGUAAUGGGACUUACUCAGUUGUUCUUCUUCUUCCCUGGGAAGGUCAGGCACAAGUUUUUGUACGUCUUGAGCACUCCAGUGAGGUUGUGCAGAUUCUUAAAAAAUACAGGGAGUCUUCAUUCCCACGCAGCCACUAUUAUGGCUACUUCGAAGGAUCAGGACCCAAUAAAACCAGGAUCAGUGAAGUUGUAGAAUGUAAUCUUAAGUGGGGUGGAGAAGGAAGCUGGAGGAAACGCAACUGCUGCUGUGAGUAUAAGGAUAUAAAAACUGAAACGGUGUGGCAGUGUGAGAGACCGAAGAAACUUCCAUGUGACAAACUGGUUUAUCACUCAAAAGGAAGCACGGAAAACCCAUUAAAUCCCUUUGAGAAGCAGUUUUUUGCAAAGACUUUAACUAAUGUUCGUAUUACUGGAGACACACAAGUCAUCAAUAUCCUUCCUAACACUGCAGGCAAUGGCACAACAGAGAGAUGCAGAUCAGGAUUGAUGACACCAGUUCCUGCAGGGUUCUAUUUGAAAGAUGUUUGGAAGUCUUUUGUAUGCAACACUCAACAGUUCGAUUCUGCCCAAAUGUGGAAAUGUCUCAAAAAUAAGAUUGUCUACAUGAUGGGAGACUCCACCACAAGGCAGUGGUUUGAGUUUCUGGAAAAAAAAGUGCCAGGCAUAAAAAGAAUGAACCUCCACACUCCUCGUUUGGCUGGACCCCUAAUGGCUGUGGAGUUGAAAAAUAAUAUCAUUAUUCACUGGAGGCCUCAUAGUGUUCCUUUGCGAUUUACUAUAAUGCCAGUGACCAACCUGCAUUAUAUCGCCAAUGAUAUUGAUAAAAUAGCUGGUGGUCCUCAUGUAGUCGUUGUGUUUACACUCUUUGCCCACCUGGUGUUUCACCCAAUAACAUUUUAUGUUCAUGAAGUGGCCAAAAUCCGUCAGUCUGUUGUUGCUCUGCUGAGUCGUGCACCACAGACCACCGUCAUCAUCAAGUCUGGAAACACUGCAGGAAUAAAGGAUAUUUUUCAAAGUGAUUGGUAUGUACUGCAAGAGAACAAAGUGAUGAAAGAGAUGUUCAGAGACAUUGAUGGAGUAAUCUACUUCGAUAUCUGGCAGAUGACUUCCUGUCACUAUCUUACUGAAAAUAUUCACCCAGGACCUGUUGUCAUUGCUAAUGCAAUCAGCAUGUUUCUCUCAUAUGUCUGUCCUGCCUAAUACAUCCAAACAAUAUUUGCUUUUUCAUCUGCAACAUACAUGCAUUA